UUAUCUCUUUUACAUUUUGUGGGGUGAACAGACAAUUUCAGCACCUAGACAUCAUUCCCUAGAACUUCCUAGCCCUAAUUCCCAGUGUGGGUUUGUCACUUCCCUUUAUGUCACUUUCUUUAUUUAAAAAAUCCAUCUAACUUCUACAUGUCUACUGUGGUUGACCCCUGGGAGACUUUGGCAGGAGCUGGAGAAGCAACAGCAGGAUAUAGUUUCAUCUCCGAAAGCGUUUAAGUCCAUGGAGUUACAUUAGGGGUGAUUUGGCCAAUGCAUUAUGUAGCCAAUUAGUUCAUUGUAUCAUUUAACUGUGUUAUCUAUUGUCAUGGCAAACUCUUCUGUUAGUCCAUACGUAAUCAAUGUGUGAUAAAUAGAUGUAGGUUGUAGGUAUAGGUAGAGAUACAAGUAAGAUAGCAUCAUAGGAGUGUGAGACUGAUAAGCAGUUAAGUGUGAUAAGUGCAGGCCCAUCGAUAUGAGGGGGGGUAAAGGGGGCUAUUGGCCAGGGGCCCAGGUGAUUUAAAAGGGCUCAGAGGUCCCUGGCCGCUGCUGUGGUAGCCCCAGGCCCUUUUAAGUCACCUAGGUGGGCCACAGGGCACCUAGGCACGUGAGACCACUCCGGGCCCCAUGUUUUGGGGGGCCCCACGGACCUGCGUGGUGGUCCCAGAAGUGACCUGGGCCCCGCCCCACCUAGGUAUGGCUCUGGCCCUGGGGCCCGGAAUGUCUGUUGGCAGGCCUGGAUGAGUGUGUAUUGCGUAUAUAAGUAAAGCAAGGCGGUAAUAUGCAAGGCCUACAGGCUAAAGUUUGUAAGAGUUUAGCUUAACCAUGCUAGGCCUCAGACUUAAGGAGGCAUGAUAUAAGUAGGUGACCUAGGACUAACCCUUUGCCAGUAAAGUUACAAGAUUAUGUAAAGAAUGUGCCAAUAGGUGACGGUCAGGGAAAUAUGCUGCCUGUACCCGUCUAGACCACAAGACACCUGACUGUAGCAUUAUGGAAAGUUCUUCUCUUACUGCAGGUUAAUCACGGAAACACAUUUACCUAGAUACUAAUGAGAUGCUAAUGAGACAAUUAUGAAACCUAUGAAACCUAUGAAAAGUGGAGCACCCCAAAACGUAUGGGGUGUGAAAGUACAGAGGAUGUAAUGUUGUGAAGCUCUUUUCAAACCAGGAGCAGGGGAAAGAGAGCUGGCUGGCCGCCUGGGCUGUCAAUCGCACAAAGAGACACUGGAGGGACUUUCUUUCCCUGCAAAGCCUCCUGGGUAGGGAAGCCCUUUAUAAAUCGGCUUCCAGUUGAGAGUGAGAGAAUUGCAGGAGGGAAGAUCUGGUGGUGCACUCUAGGCCUGUUGGAGGUGUGUCAGAGAAGGUAUUCCUUGCUGGUGGGAUUUAUUUAUUUAAAAUAAAUCCAGGCUUUUUUGUUUUUAAAUUUGUCCAACGUUGGUCUUGCUGCUGCACGCUGCCACAGGGGAAUUGACCCCUGGUCUUCCAUAUCUCAGGUUGAUGUCCUUGCCAGAGAAGCCCCCCGCUAUUGACUGGGUUUAUUACAAGACUGCAGUUGCUAAGGCUGGCAUGGUGGAUGAGUUUGAAAAGCAGUACAAUGCACUAAAGGUUCCUGAGCCUGUGGACACACAAACAGACAAGAUAAAUGCCCAGGAACAGGAAGCUGCUAAGAGUGCUGCUGAAUAUGUGCAGGCCUCUCAAUCCUGUGUUGUCCAGCAUGAGAAACAGCUUGAGAUGUUCAGAACCAUGAUUCCAUUUGAUCAGAUGACUUUUGAGGACUUGAAUGAGGUCUUCCCUGAAACCAAACUGGACAAGGAGAAGUAUCCAUACUGGCCAUACAAACCUAUUGAAGACCUGUAAAUCUGUCCGAAAGCAGUUUCUGGUGACUGUCAAAGUCUCUAGAAUCUUUUAAAUAAAGUAAUUGUACAGGG